AUGUAUGGCCCUCCAGUAGAUCUGUCUUUCAAAAACCUCUCCACCGUGACAGGAGCCAUGGCUGAGAUUCCUCGGAGCGGUGUGCGUCCUCUGGCCAGCAGCUCCAGUGGGAAGUACCACAGUCGAGUGGUACGUCUCAGUAACAAUAGCAUCAGUGACCUGACGGGCAUUUCCUUCCUCCUGGGGCACCUGCUGUCCAGACCUUCCCAACUGGGCUGGCUCGACCUCUCCUUUAAUAAACUGGAGCGCAUCGACCCGGUUUUGUGUGGGAUGCGAGAGCUGCGUGUAUUGUAUCUCCAUGGUAAUAGUAUCUGGAACCUUUCUGAGGUGGAUAAGCUGGGCCAGCUGCCUUACCUCCACACCAUCACCUUACAUGGGAACGCCAUAGAGACUACCAAAGGAUACAGGUGUCACGUAAUAGCUGUCCUACCACAUCUGAAGACGAUGGACUUCAGUGCAGUCACAAAGGAGGAGCGGGUGCUGUCCAAAAUAAAGUUUACUGGUGUCAUGUGUCAUGCCCGACACUGA